AUAUUGGACUAUUUUCAUCAUCUUCGUAGCAUGUGUUUAGGCCACGAUUCAUCAUUUGGUUUCGUGUUUUUACUGGGCUUGUGUUAUGGUGUCAGGACCAGGCCCCAACCAAAGCCCCAUACCAUAAACCAUUAACAACCUCGUGUUUGGCUGAUAUGGUUAGACCCAGGUAAACACAUUCAGUUAGUUUCGUCUUGGGCUUGUUUAAGCUUCAAUCCGUGACACUACAUUGGUUUCAUAUUUGUGUUGUGCUCGUGUUAUAGUGAUGGUCAUGCCCAGCCAUAGCCCAAACUCCAAACACAGACGCGGGUAAAAACAUUGUUAAGUUUAGCCUAGUGUCAGAUGGUUGAUAUGGUCUUGGCUAAGCCUAUACGUAGUCAUACCAAUACUGUACAUUGGUUAGCUGUUUUGCUGUACUCUUGAGGGUGGGGUUUGAUGAGGCCCAGCCAUGAUCAUAAACUAUGAAACCAAUUUGAGCCUCGAUUUGGGCUGAUGUAAGUGGCAGAUCCAGGCAUAACCGUAGCUGUUUUAUUUGUUUUCUUUCAUCGUCAUGCAAAAAAAACAUUACAUUGGUAUACCCUUGUGUUGUGCUGAUGUAUGGGUUUUUCCCAGUCUUAGCCUCGCUUUUGAUGUCACUAUCAGUGGCAGGGUCAGGCAUAACGCAAGCUCUGUUUAGCCGAGAUUUGUGCUGUUUUAAUAGUUUCUGGAUACAUCUGUGACUCACAUUUUGGUUUAGGCACGUGUAUUGCUGGUGAUGGUGUUAGGCCCAUUCGUGGCCUUGACCCAGUUUCGCCUUGUGUUGAGCUGAUAAACAUCGCCAAUGUCAGACCAAGGCAUGAUUAGGCUAAACCAAAUUUGGCCUAAUGUGCUGUCAUGGUCUCGGACUACAUUUGUCUUACGUUGGUUUAGGCUUGUGUUGUGCUGUUAGGGUAAGACCUAGCUAUAGUCCUUAUGCAGUUUGGCCUUGUGUUUUGCUAAUACAAUUUAGUGGCAAUUCCAGACAUAACAUGACUGUUGAGCCUUACUUUGUAAAUAUUCUUACAAGCUAGGGCUACAUUUAUGAAUGUUAUGUUGUUUUAGGUUUGUGUUCUGCUGGUGUUUGGGUUAGGAAGAGGCAUAGGCCCACCUAAAGCCAUAUUACAGUUGAGCCUCAUGUUUUGGCCGAUGUCAUGGUCUGGACUUGGGUUACAGCCAUGAAUCUGUCUUGGUUUAACCACGUGCUUGUCAGAAUUAACAUUGGUAGCUAGUUGUAUGAGAAACACGUUAUGUUUCGUUCAGGAGGAAACAAAGUAAGGUGUUUUAUGCAAUAACCACAAUUGUAUAGAAAUAGCCAUAACCCAUUUUAUUGUUUAACGGUCUUUGUAUGGCCAGGGUUAUCUCUCUGCUGUAAACGUAACCUUCUUUAGCCUUGUAUUUUGAUGAAAUAAGCAAAUUUGGCCUGUUAACCAAAAGUUAAAAGCUUGGCAGGAUUAGAAGUACACAUCGAGACUGCCUUUGCUAAAUGCGUGUAUUUGUAAACAUGUAUAUCUGCUUGUGCAGCUGAUUGAAGCCACGUGUACACCACACAUACACUUUACAUUUGCUUCUGGAUGUUGCCCUACCUUGUGCUAUUUUUAACGGCGAGAGCGUUGCUUGUUCGUUAUCCUCACCUGGCGUCGUCCAUGGUGGAUCAUUGGCUCAGUCUAAUUAUUGACACCAGCACUGCUGGAUGAGAUGUUUUCAAAAUGGCAUCAACAUUCUUGACUGUGUGUGCCCUUGGUUUGAUUGGGCCUGAAGCCAGCCACUGUUGACAGUAGUCACUCCCGCCCUCGUUAAAGUGUAAAAAAAAUGUGUAAAUGAAAGCGUUUGUGUCACGGUACGACGUGUUGAUAUUUUAUCAAUGGGUUUGUCGCCGUGCUGAUGAAGUAUUGUCUGUUUUUACAUAAUUUAUAGUCCACGUGACGAUGUUUAAUUGUGCAUGCUGAGCAAAGUGAGUCGGCUCCUGUUUUGCGUCGUGGCCCGAGUGAUAUGACAUUUUAAUUGAGAAUACCCCCCACAUUCGUCAUUAACAUCGCCUAACAAUAGAAACAUUCAUAGGCUAAUGUUUCAACUAAAUGACCCGGUGAAUGCACUGAAGAAGGGCCACUGCCGUAGAGUUGGCUUAUUUAUUUUCUUUUGUUGUUAGGCAGUUUUGUUCACGAAAAAUGUUGAGUUCUUAUUGGUGCUUGUGUACCACUUCCAAGGCAGCACCUUACGUCAAUAUAUGUCACAAAGUACCACUCAGUGCGUUGGCUUGUAUCGUGUGAAAUGAAAUCACUUCAUGGAAAAUGCUAAAGUAAGGUCCAAUAACCUCUGUGACCCUCUUGGGUUGGACCUCAUCCAACAGUAGAUUGAAAGGGGAAGGACUGUACAUGAACUGUCCGCAUAUUUUUAACACAAACUCUAAACUUACGCACCCAUGUUUAACUAAGAUAUUAACAACUGCACAUUUGCAUUAAAUGUAAAGUAUUUGUUGAAUCGAGCACUGCCAUGAAUGCCUGUGCACAAGACCGUGUCGGGUUCGCGAGAGUUAACAGCGUUUAAAUGGUACAUUUACCUGUGCUGAUUGAGCUCAGCCCACUGGAGAGUCGUGGGUAAUUUAAAAUCCCAUUAUCUUAAACUCUGCUGUUUUUCUCUGUUUGCUUUGCAGAAUUGUUAAAAAAUCGUCCAAACUAACGAGAGAAAAGAGGAAGGAAAAAUGAAGGUGGAUCGGACCAAGCUGAAGAAGACGCCCACAGAAGCGCCGACAGACUGCCGGGCCCUCAUUGAGAAGCUGAAGGCAUGUGGAGACAAGCAGCUGCUGCAGGAGCUGCAGAAAAUCAAGACAUGGAACUUCGGAAAGUGCGAGCUGUACCACUGGGUGGACCUCCUGGACCGCUUCGACGGGAUCCUUGCGGAGGCGUGCGGCACGGUGGAGGCCACGUCGUGGCUGCUGGUGUGCGACCAGCCGGGUAACAAACAGCUGAAGGCGCUGCUGCUGUCCACGCUGAACUUCACCGCGCUGCUCAUUGAGUACAGCUUCUCGCGCCACCUCUACAGCUCCAUCGAGCACCUGACGACGCUGCUGGCCUCAUCGGAUAUGCAAGUGGUGUUGGCGGUGCUGAACCUGCUGUACGUGUUCAGCAAGCGGUCCAACUACAUCACCCGCCUCGGGUCUGACAAGCGCACGCCACUGCUGGCGCGUCUGCAGCACCUAGCCGAGAGCUGGGGCGGCAAGGAGAAUGGCUUUGGCUUGGCGGAAUGCUGUCAGGACCUGCCCCUGUCUAAAUACCCUCCCAGUGCCACUACACUGCAUUUUGAGUUCUACACCGAACUGGGACCCGAAGGAAAAACUGACAAGAAGGGUUCUCCAAACAAUACUCUGCACUACAUUCACAUCGAGCAGCUGGACAAGAUUUCAGAAAUUCCUUCAGAAAUCAUGGAAUCUUUGACCAAGAUGCAUGGCAUACCAAAGGACAAGCAGAUGCUGCUCUUCACACACGUGAGACUCGCGCACGGCUUCUCCAACCACAAAAAACGUCUGCAGGCUGUGCAGGCGCGGCUGCACGCCAUCUCCAUCCUGGUCUACUCAAACGCCCUGCAGGAGUCAACCAACAGCAUCCUGUACAACGGACUCAUCGAAGAGUUGGUCGACCUGCUGCAGAUCCCGGACAAGCACCUCAUGGACAUAAAGGCAGCGUCGCUGCGCACACUCACGUCCAUCGUGCACCUGGAGCGCACACCCAAGCUGAGCAGCAUCAUCGACUGCACGGGCGCCGCCUCCUACCACGGCUUCUUGCCUGUGCUCGUGCGCAACUGCAUCCAGGCCAUGAUCGACCCGACCAUGGAGCCUUAUCCCCACCAGUUCGCCACCGCGCUCUUCUCCUUCCUGUACCACCUGGCAAGCUACGACGCCGGCGGAGAGGCGCUGGUCUCCUGCGGCAUGAUGGAGGCCCUGCUCAAGGUCAUAAAGUUCCUGGGCGACGAGCAAGACCAGAUCACGUUCGUGACGCGGGCCGUGAGAGUCGUGGACCUUAUUACAAACUUGGACAUGGCGGCCUUCCAGUCACACGGCGGCCUCUCGUCCUUCAUCAACCGCCUCGAGCACGAGGUGGAGAUUUGCCGGCGGGAGUGUCCCUUUGUGGUGCGGCCGAGGAUCCGCACGGUGAGCUCCAACCAGGACGGCGACGACAUGGAGACGGAGAGCGAAGGUGGUGUGGACGUUGCAAUGGAAGGAAGUCCAGGACCGUCUACAUCGGCGGACGGAAAGGCAGAAGGCGACAUUCGGAUGUAUAUUCCUAACCCUAAACCAGGAGCCCAGUGCAUUCCUCAGAGAGCCGCCCUCCUCAAGUCCAUGCUGAACUUCCUGAAGAAAGCGAUACCAGACCCUGCCUUCUCCGACAGCAUACGGCACGUGAUGGACCAGUCGCUGCCGACCUCGCUCAAGCACGUGAUCAGCAAUGCCGAGUACUACGGGCCUUCCCUCUUCCUGCUUGCGACCGAGGUGGUGACGGUGUUCGUGUUCCAAGAGCCGUCGCUUCUCUCCUCGCUGCAGGAUAACGGCCUCACGGACGUGAUGCUGCAUGCCCUGCUCAUCAAAGACGUCCCGGCGACGCGCGAGGUGCUCGGCUCGUUGCCCAACGUGUUCAGCGCCCUGUGCCUCAACGCUCGGGGCCUGCAGUCCUUCGUGCGGUGCCAGCCCUUCGAGCGCCUCUUCAAGGUGCUGCUGUCGCCCGACUACCUGCCCGCGAUGCGGCGCCGCCGCAGCUCCGACCCCCUCGGAGACACGGCGUCAAACCUGGGCAGUGCUGUGGAUGAGCUUAUGAGACACCAGCCGUCCCUGAAGACCGACGCCACAGCCGCCAUCAUCAAGCUGCUGGAGGAGAUCUGCACGCUGGGGCGCAACCCGCACUUCGUCUGCCAGAAGCCGUCGAUCCAGAAGGUGGACGGAGCGACAGCGGCGCCGCCCGCGCGACCCAGCCACGCGGCCGAGGAGGCGUCGAGCGAAGACGAGGAGGAGGAGGAGCUCUCGGCCAUGCAGAGCUUCAACGAGAACGCGCCGGGCACCGGCCAGCCUGCGGAGCCUGAGGCCAGCCCGCAGGCCAUUGGUGCCGAAGAGCGGCUUCCGAUCCCCCUCAUGGACUACAUCCUCAACGUGAUGAAGUUCGUGGAGUCGAUCUUGAGCAACAACACAACGGACGAUCACUGCCAGGAGUUCGUAACCCAGAAGGGCCUGGUGCCUCUUAUGGCCAUCCUGGGCCUGCCCAACCUCCCCAUCGACUUCCCGUCAUCCGCCGCCUGUCAGGCAGUCGCCGGUGUCUGCAAGUCCAUCCUGACGCUAUCGCACGAGCCCAAGGUUCUUCGCGAGGGCCUCCUGCAGCUCAACGGCGUCUUGGAUGGCCUGGAUGCGCUGCACCGGCCCAUCGAGGCGCCGGGCGGCUCCGUGCUGCUGCGCGAGCUGGCGGGCGCCGGCUCUGUGAGCGACGCCACGCUGUCGGCGCAGGCGACGCCACUGCUGCACGCUCUCACCGCCGCGCACGCCUACAUCAUGGUGUUCGUGCACACCUGCCGUGUUGGACAGAGUGACAUCCGCUCGAUCUCUGUGAACCAGUGGGGCUCCCAGCUGGGGCUGAGCGUGCUCAGCAAACUGAGCCAGCUCUACUGCUCGCUUGUGUGGGAGAGCACUGUCCUCCUGUCGCUCUGCACGCCAAACAGCCUGCCCCCAGGCUGUGAGUUUGGCCAAGCCGACAUGCUCAAGCUUCUGCCCAAGGAGGAAGGGGGGAAGGCAGCAAGUGCAGCCCCCACCCCCUCGGGUGCCGUUCCCGGGGCUCCCAAGCCGAGGAACGAAGCAGAGGCGCUAGUGGGGAUGGAGUCGACGGCACGUGGCCUCUUGGAGGGCUCGGUGUUGCCUCUGACCCUCGAGGGCGAUCCCAGCUCCCCCAUGGAGACGGAGGAGGUGGGUGUGGCGGGCUGCGCCAGUGCCGUGAACGACGGCAAGGCCGGCAAAUCCAAGAUCUCCCCAGCAAUGGCCGCUCGCAUCAAGCAGAUCAAGCCCUUGCUGUCCGCGUCGUCCAAACUGGGCCGCGCGCUAGCAGAGUUGUUCGGGCUGCUGGUGAAGCUGUGCGUGGGCUCGCCGGUGAGACGGCGCAGCCACCACCCGGCCACGAGCGCCACAGUGCCGUCUCCGGCGGCCCGCGCCACCGCCACGGCGCUCACCAAGCUCCUCGCCAAGGGCCUGUCGUGGUCGCCGCCCCCGUACACGCCGACGCCGCGCUUCAGGCUGACGUUCUUCAUCUGCGCGGUGGGCUUCACGUCGCCCAUGCUGUUUGAGGAGCGCAAGUACCCGUACCACCUCAUGCUGCAGAAAUUCCUCACAUCCGGAGGCCAUGACGCUCUCUUUGAUACGUUCAAGUGGGCCCUGUCGAUGGGCGGCAAAGUGGCAGUGACCGAGGGCCUGGAGGCGGCUGACCUGCCGGACGGAACCGGCGAGUUCCUGGAUGCGUGGCUCAUGCUGGUUGAGAAGAUGGUGAACCCCACGACUGUGUUGGAGUCGCCGCACACGCUGCCCGCCAAGCCUGCGCCCGGCACGCCCGCCAGUGCCGCCAGCGCCGCCAGUGCCGCCGCCAAUGCCGCGGCGUCGGCAUUUAGCCCCGUGCGCUUCCUGAUUCUCACGCAGAAGGCUGCCUUCGAGAGCAUCAUGAACCUGUGGAACCGCAAGCCACUCAAGGUGUACGGCGGACGCAUGGCUGAGUCGAUGCUCGCUAUCCUGUGCCACAUCCUGCGCGGCGAGUCGGUGAUCCGCGAGCGCCUGGCCAAGGAGCGCGAGGGUGCCCGUGAGGAUGACGCCAACACCUCCAGUGCGGCUAAUGCCAUAACCACCGCGACAGCCGCCACCGUCGCUGUUGCCGCCGGCGCCGCAGCCGCUACCGCUGCUGCCACCGCCGCCACUGCCCCCAGCACGUUCGUGGUGCUGGAGGACGGCUCGGCGAGCGCCGGCACCAGUGGAGGUGGUGGCGGCGGCGGCAGCAUCGCAGCGGUGGCGCCCGGAGAGGGCGGACUUGUUGGUAGCGUUGUUCCCAGCACCGCAGCGGUGGUGACCGCGGCUGGCGCCGUUGCCUCUGUUGCCGGCGCCGCCGGAAGUAGCGCGGCGCCGGUCGUGACAGCCGGUGUGCCGAGCCCCGCAUUCUCGGUGCUCGGCUCCCCGGGCGGCGCGCCGGUGUCAGGGACGGCCGGCGCUGCCGUCCUGGCGGGGAGCGUCGUGGCAGCUGCUAGCAGCGCCGUCACGCACCGCAGGCAGCCGGACGUGAAUCAGCAGCAGCUGCAGCAGUUGAUGGACAUGGGCUUCUCGCGGGAGCAUGCCACCGAGGCCCUGCUGCACACCUCCACUAUGGAGCAGGCCACGGAAUACCUGCUCACUCACCCCCCUCCUCUGCUCGGCGGAUCGGAGAUGCACAUGUCCGAGGAGGACCAGAUGAUGCGAGCCAUCGCCAUGUCCCUGGGCCAGGAUGUCCCCAUGGACCAGAGCACAGAGUCUCCCGAGGAGGCAGAGCGCCGGCGCGAGGAGGAGGAGCGGAAAGCACGUGAGAAGACUGAAGAGGAGGAGGCCGGCGCGCUGGAGCGACUUCUGGACGUGCAGCCGCUCGACCCGGCCAUCCUGCAGAGGUUCACUCAAGAGAUGAUGCCCGGAUGCUUCCACCUCCUGGAUGAACUUCCAGACACGGUGUACAGCGUGCGAGACCUGCUCAUGACGGCCAUCCGCCGCAACGGCCCCGACUUCCGCCACCUCAUGCUGCGGCAGGUGGUCGAGCAGGUGUGGGAGGCUGCCAAUGUCCUCAUCAAGGCGGCGCUGCCGCUCACCAUCAGCGACAACAAGACGGUGGCGGAGUGGACGAGCCAGAUGGCCACGCUGCCCCAGGCCUCCAACCUGGCCACUCGCAUUCUUCUGCUCACCCUGCUCUUUGAGGAGCUCAAGCUGCCGUGCGCGUGCGUGGUGGAGUCGAGUGGCAUCCUGGACGUGCUCAUCAAGCUGCUGGAGGUGGCGCAGCCCUGCCUGCAGGUCGCCGGCGACGACAUGUGCACACCCAAGUGGAUCACGCCCGUGCUGCUUCUCAUCGACUUCUACGAGAAGAUGUCGGUGGCCUCCAAACGCCGGGCACAGAUGAACAAGUACCUUCAACCGGCUUCCAACAACUGGCGCUGGUUUGACGACCGCUCGGGCCGCUGGUGCAGUUACAGCAGUGGCAACAACAACACAAUCGACAGCGCGUGGCGUGCCGGCGAGAGCAGCGUGCGCUUCACGGCCGGGCGCCGCCGCUACACCGUGCAGUUUAACACCAUGGUGCAGAUUAACGAGGAGACGGGAAACCGUCGCCCGGUGAUGCUGUCGCUGUUGCGUAUGCCACGGAGGGAUACUUUGCCCUCCAUACCGCUCGCCACCUCCACAACGCCCAACACUACUGCCGUCACCGCUUCCACCUGCCCAACGCCCACAAGCCAGGAGCCUGAGCGUGCCAUGGAGGAGGGCAAGGAGCCUGACAUCAAGGAUGCAGAUCUCAAAGGUGACGGCGCCGACGUGACGACGCAGUCGAAGCGCGGCGCCGACUCCUCCUCGGACAAGUCCGACUCGGAGCGCGAGGACUCGCCGGAGGGCGUGGUGAUCGGCGGCCUCUCGGAGGAGCAGAAGACGGUGCUGAUGCGCGCAUGCGUGAGCAUGCUCGGCGUGCCCGUCGACCCGUACACGCUGCACGCCACCUUGCGCGUGUGCCUCCGCCUGACCCGCGAGCACCGGCUGGCGGCGCUUUUUGCCGAGCUGCGAGGCCCCCGCCUGCUGCUCGGCCUGACGCAGGCGUCACGCUUCAGCGGCUUCCUGCCGCUCGCAACGCUCAUCUUCAGGCACAUCAUCGAGGAGCCCAGCACGCUGCGCCACACCAUGGAGAAGGUGGUGCGCUCUGCGGUGACGAGCGGCGCGGGCAGCACAACGUCGGGCGUGGUGUCGGGCAGUCUGGGCACGCGCGAGAUGCACUACAUCCUGCGCGUGCUGGGCCCGGCCGCGUGCCGCCACCCAGACAUCUUUGUUGACGUCGCCAAGAGCUGCAUGAGGGUGGCUCUGCCGGCGCCACGGGGCAACGGCACAGCAUCCGACGACGACGCGGAGAACCUGCGCAUCAAGGGCCCCAACGCCGUGCAGCUGCUCAAGACGACGCCGCUGAAGCCGGCGGCGCAGCCCGUGAUCUCGGAGCCAAUCCGCGAGGUCGUGCACGACCUGCUCAAUGCGCUCGCCAAGUACCACGCCUCCGAGGACGGCGAGAAGGGAGACGGCAAGGGGAUGAGCGCCAGCCAGGAGCUGACUCAGCUCCUUCAGGAUCUGGGCGAUGAUAUCUACCAGCAAUACCGCGCUCUCACACAGCAGGGCGGCCCCGGCGUUCCCGAGUUCGAGACGCAGCCCUCCUUCGCCAUCACCGUGCCGGCACCGGUGUUUGUGCCCGAAAGCGGUGCCGCAGACCCGAGCCAGCCAGGGACAUCGCAAGUGGAAGUGGUGGCUGUGGGAGAGGAUAAGGAUGCUAGCAAGGAGAAAGGAGACAAGGCGGCGGAGGAUGGGAAGCCGAAGGGGAAGGCGGCAGCCGCAGCCGCCCCCCUCAUCCCCAAGUCGGCCAUCUUGCGGCUGCUAGCCGAGCUGGUGCGCUCCUACAUCGGGUGUGCGUCGCUCAUCGUCAGCUACGGCUUCACCACGGGACAAUCGGAGCUCAUCAAAGAGGACUGCAGCGUGCUGGCGUUCGUGCUGGACCAGCUGCUGCCCCAGACGCAGACGGCUGGAGACAAGGACUCGCCGGCUCUUGCCCGCCUCUUCCUGGCCAGCCUGGCUGCCGCCAACCAGUGCAGCGAUGCGCAGUUGGCGCUCGUCACGGAGGUGAAGGCGGCGCUGGGACGAGCGCUCGCGCUGCCCGAGAGCGCGGAGAAACACGCGAGGCUGCAGGCGGUGAUGUGCAUCAUCAGCACCAUCAUGGAGUCGUGCCCGUCCAGCUCCAGCUUCUAUAGCGGCCCCACCAUCAAGUCGCAGCAGAACGGCGUCAACAACAUCAUCCGCCUCUUCCUCAAGAAGGGGCUGGUCAGCGACCUCGCAAGGGUGCCCCACAGCCUCGACCUGUCCAGUCCCAACAUGGCGAACACAGUGAACGCGGCCCUGAAGCCGCUGGAGACGCUAUCGCGCAUCGUGAACCAGCCGAGUGGCCUGUUUGGCGGCAAGAGCGCCGGCGGCAAGGGCAAGACCGAAGCCGAAACCGGCGCCAACGCCUCCGACCCCAACAGCAACACGCAGGACGCCGGAGGCGCGAGCGAGGUGGCGCAGGAGAACGUGCCGCCCGCGGCGGUGGCCGACGGAGACCUGAUGGAGGGCGAGGCAGAGGGAGACGGAGUCGGCCUCCCCCACAGCCAGGGCUCCCUGCACCCAGAGGAGAUGCAGGUCGAGAACGAGCUGGAGGAGCUGAUCGGGGAGCUCCUGGAGAGGGAGGACAUGAACAACGUGACCGACAUCCUGGCCGAGGCGUGCAUCAUCCACCGCGGUCAGUCGGACGCAAGUCACGCUGUGGAGGACGAGUCUCAGGAGGAUGUGCUGAUGGAUGUGGCGCCCUCCAACCUCAGCCAGAGCCAAGCGCGUGCUGGAAACCGGGAAGACCCUGAAGACGACGAACACACGCAGGAAGAGGAGGAGAGCAGCGGCAGUAAUGAGGACGAGGACGACGACAGCCACGUGGGCGAGGAGGACGAAGAGGAGGAUGAUCAGGACGAGGAAGGAGACGAGGGUGAGGAAGAGGAUGAGGAGGACGAUGACGAGGAGGGCUCUGAGAUGGAGCUGGACGAGGAGCUGCACGACGUCGACGAGUCGCUCUUCCGCUACGACCAGGACGACGACCUCAUCAUCGAGUUCGACACCAUGUUCCCCACGAGCGCCGACAUCCCGCCGGCGCCAGGCACGGUGCCGUCCUCCCACCCGCUGCUGACACGGCAGUCUGACCACGGGGCGCUGGGCGUGGGAGCGCCGGGCUCGUCGCGCCUCGUGGGCACGGCGGCCGUGAGCCGCAACACGCGCGGCGCGCGCUCCUUCACCAGCUCUGCCGGGCACACCAUCCACGUGCACUAUCCGGGCAACCGGCAGCCCAACGCGCCGCUCAUCCUGCAGAGGCUGCUGGGCCCAUCGGCGGCGGCCGACAUCCUGCAGCUGAGCAGCAGCCUCCCCGUGCAGGGCCGCGGGCGCACACGCCUCCUCGUCGGCAACGACGACGUGCACAUCAUCUCGCACAACGAGGACGACCUCCUCGAAGACUUCUUCCACGAGCAGACCACCAACGCCAGCCAGUCCGGCCCAUCCUCCUGUACACUGUCGAGCAUCCCCACGGCGCUGGCUCGCUGGACAGAGGAGUGCCGCGUCCUGGACGGGGAAAGCACGCACGGCUGCGUCGCAGUGGUGAAGCUGCCAAUCAUCCAGCACCUGGAGGCCCUGCGUGACGAGGAGCUGGAGGAGAGGAGGGAGAAGCGGAGGCGGCAGCAGGCCGAAGAGGAGGCCAAGAAGGCCGACGUCAGGGCCAAGGAGGACCGUGAAAAGGAGGCCUCGCAGGGCAGUGAAGUUGCCGUGUCUUCAAGCUCCGUAUCCACAGUCUCCAGCCUCGCCAGCACCGUCUCGGCCGCGGCCGACGCCAUCAGCAGCAUGGCCGCCUCCAUCGCCGAGGCAGCCAUGCAGGCGAUCAACACACAGAACGAGGCUCGCGCCGGACGGCGCACCGACGGCGUUCCUGAAGACUCUUCUUCGGAAGGUGACCCCUCGGGCUCUGCGUCCAGCGAUUCCACGGCGGCGCUGUCCGAGGUGCUGGCUCCUCUCACCCCAGAAGGCGCCGUGCUGCCAGUGCCGCUGCCUGCCGUACAGCAGCAGCCGAUCCCACCUCUUGCGCCCACGCAGCAGCCCGUUGACCUCGCCACUGCCACCUCCGACCUGGCCGGCGCUGCCUCCACCAACCUUCCCGUCGCCACCUCUGACCUCCCGGGUCUGACAUCCGACGGGCAGCAAAUGGAGACCUCUCCUGCGCACACGAUAUCGCUCCGCUUGCGCCCCGCACGUCCCGCCGCCCGUGCAGCUUCGCAGGCGUCCGAGCGCACGGAGGCUUCGGACGCGCUCACGGGCGUGAGCAGCCAGCUGGAGGGCGGCUCCCCCAUGGAAGUGAGCAGCCCAGCAUCCGUCGGGGCCGGCGGCGGCGCCGACGAUGGCAGCGCCGAUGGGCAGGACGGCCCGGCGGUGGUGACGGUGGGGGCGGCCACGCGCAGGGCACGUGCCAGCGAUGGGGCUGGGCGAGGCGGAGAAGGAGCCGGCACGGAGGAGACGGGCCAGGGGUCGGCCGAACGCUCUGAAGAUCAGCCACCAUCUGGCGGAGAGUCCGGAACACCGGGCGAUGCAACCCCACAGGACACCCCACCGACCUCCAGCGAAGAUCCCCUUGCCGGAAUCAGUCUCCCCGAGGGCGUGGACCCGUCGUUCCUCGCAGCGCUGCCGGAGGACAUCCGCCAGGAGGUGCUGCAGAACCAGCUGGGAAUCCGUCCGCCCUCGCGCCCGCCCGGCGGCGCCGGCCCCUCCUCCGCUGUGGCCACCGCUGCCGUUCCCUCCUCAACCGCCACCACGACCCAGCAGGGGGUCACCGAGGUCAACCCAGAGUUCCUAGCCGCACUGCCGCCCUCCAUCCAGGAAGAGGUGCUGGCGCAGCAGCGCGCGGAGCAGCAGCGGCGCGAGAUGGCCGCCAACCCCAACCCGGAAGCACCAGUCGACCCCGUGACCUUCAUCCAGACGCUGCCGUCGGCACUGCGUCAGAGCGUGCUGGCCGACAUGGACGACAGCGUGCUCGCCGUGCUGCCGCCCGACAUCGCCGCCGAGGCGCAGGCGCUGCGUCGAGAGCUGGAGGCCCGGCACCGGCAGCUCAUGCAGGAGCGGCUCUUCUCGCACAGCAACUCGUCGGCGCUCUCCGCCAUCCUGCGCAGCACCGGGCUGACAGGAAGGCUCAGCGGCAGCCGCGGGGUGCAGUACACGCGCCUCACAAUGACCCGCGGAGGUGGAUUCCAGUGGGGCAACAGCAACCAGGCCAGAACGACAGCUGCCAACACCACGGACAGCUGGCUACGCCUGCGCGGGCGCCAGCUCCUGGAUCACGAGGCGCUGUCCUGCCUGCUGGUGCUGCUCUUUGUGGACGAGCCCAAGCUGAACACGAGCCGCCUGCACCGCGUGCUGCGCAACCUGUGCUAUCACACGCCGACACGUGGAUGGGUCAUCCGCAGCCUGCUCUCCAUCCUGCAGCGCAGUAGCGAGAGCGAACUCUGUCUCGAGGGUCCCAGGCAAUCGUCUGACGAGAAGGGCAAGCGCAAGUUGAGUUCGACGCACGACACGCUGGAGGGCCGCGGCACGAUCUCGGCCUCCACCGGUCAGCUCUCGUGGCUCUCAGUCUCCAUGGACGCCGCCCUCGGCUGCCGCACCAACAUCUUCCAGAUCCAGCGUGGCAGCGCCAGCUCUGGGAGCAGCGGGGCAUCGCAGGGCGCCGGCAGCGUGUGCGUCACGCCCAGCUGCGCCGGAAGCGGAGGAGGCGGCGGAGGAGGAGGAGGCGGCGGCGGUAGCGGCACCACGACGAUCAAUGCGGCGCCAGGCACGCCGGGCGCCGGGGGGAGGAAGCACUCGGACCGGCACAGCGCCGGCUGCGGCACAGCGGUGCACAUCCACCCACAGGCGGCGCCGGUCGUGUGCCGUCACGUCCUCGACACGCUGGUGCAGCUCGCCAAGGUCUUCCCGGGCCACUUCACGCAGAUAAAGCCUCGCGAGGGCUUCGCCACCGGUGACGACAAAUCCUCCAAACUCACCAUCUGGGGCAUCGGCAGCGGCGCCACGCCCGGCGGUCUGUCGGGCACGCUGGUCUCCCCGUCAAACGCCUCCUUGGGGUCCUCGGCCUCCGCGGCGGCGGCGACGGCCGCCUCCCCGUUCGCGUAUCUCCCCGCCAGCAUCUCCACCGACUUCUGGGACCUGCUGGUGAAGCUGGACAACAUGAACGUGAGCCGCAAGGGCAAGGCGUCAGUACGGGCGCUGCCGGCCGGUGUGUCCGAGUCGGAGUCGGGGCAGAGCAGCCUGGAGUCAUCCCCGCUGGGCCAGCUGCUCAACAUGCUGGCACACGGCACCAUCCGUCGCAGCUCCCUGCUCACCGAGAAGCUGCUGCGGCUGCUAUCGCUCGUGUCCAUCGCGCUGCCCGACGGCACCGGCGCCAAGGCCACGGAGGUUCCCACGCCGCACGUGGUGCCGGCCAGCACGGGCACGUCGGCAAGCACGGGCGCCAGCAGCAAGCAGACCGAUGCCGGCACGGAUGUCGCGUCGCCGGCGGUGGCUUUAGACUGCACCGUGGCUCACGUCGGCCUCACCGAGAAACAGCUGCAGCUUGCCGUCGAUGUUUUGACAUCACACUCCUGCUCGGAGGAGGGCCUGGAGGACGCGGCGAAUCUGCUGCUGCAGCUGUCACGCGGGGACGGCCCCACGCGGGACUCGGUGCUGCGCCUGCUGCUGUUUGGCGCGCGCCACCUCGGGCACACCAUCUGCCAGCAGAUCGGCAUGCUGCUGGCCGAGUUGCGCGAGUACAACCUGGAAGCGGCGCGCAAGCAGCUGGAGGAGUCGGGACCCCCCGAGGCGACGAGCACGGAGGAGCACCCCCACGCCGCCCGCAUGAAGGGGCUCAUGAUGAGCAGGUUCGACAUGUCGGAGAGCGUGGUGAUCGUGGCCGGCAACAAGCGGUCGCUGGCGGGACGUGAACUCCAGCUGCCCUCCAUGUCCCUGCUCACGUCCAAGACGUCGAGCCAGAAGUUCUUCCUGCGCAUCCUGCAGGUCAUCAUACAGCUCCGCGACGCCGCGCGGCGCGCGCACAAAAAGGCCAAGCAGAGCAUCCGGCAGAGUUCGUCGAGCCUGGCGACGGCGAGCAGCAUUCAGGCGGCCGUACGGCAGCUGGAGGCAGAGGCGGACGCCAUCAUGCAGCUGGUGAGGGAGGGACAGAGGCACCUCCGCCAGCAGCAGCAGCAGCACGAGGCAGCGCCGGAGGCGGGGCAGGUGGAGGCAUCGUCCAGGCGGGAGGACUCCCCCAUGGAGGUGGACCAGCCGUCGCCCGCGUCCCAGGAUGCCGCACAGCAAGACACCGCUGCAGGUGCAGUCGCGGGACCAGCCGCAGGCGCGCCAGCAGCAGGAGCAGCUGCUGGCGCCGGCGCCGCAGCCGGUGGUGCGGCAGCGGCGUCGGCAUCUCCGGCUCCCCGGGCGUCGGAACUGAAGGACGAAGACGAGGAGGACGAGGAGGAGGACAAGAGCUCCGAGCUGCCGCGCCUGAGCGUGCAGCUGGACCUGGAGGAGCUGUGGGACAUGCUGGGAGACUGCCUCAAGGAGCUGUCCGAUUCUCACGACCAGCACGCCGUGCUGGUUCUGCAGCCGGCGGUGGAGGCGUUCUUCAUCGUGCACGCGACGGAGCGCGAGACGAAGCCACCGGUGCGCGACACGCGGGAGAGCCAGCUGUCGCACAUCCGCGAUGAGGCGCCGCCACUCUCGCCGGCGCCCGUCACGCCCGCCUCCCCCUCGCUGUGCGACCCGUUCUUCGCACGCGAGUCCUCCUCCAUGACCAUCUCCUCCAGCCUUCCGCCCGACACCCAGAAGUUCCUGCGGUUUGCUGAAACCCACCGCACGGUGCUAAACCAGAUCCUGCGGCAGUCGACGACCCACCUCGCCGACGGACCAUUCGCCGUGCUGGUCGACCACAUCCGUGUGCUCGACUUCGACAUCAAGAGGAGGUAUUUCCGGCAGGAGCUGGAGCGAAUGGACGAGGGGAUCCGGCGCGAGGACCUGGCAGUGCACGUGCGGCGCGACCACGUGUUCGAGGACUCGUACCGCGAGCUGCACCGCCGCACGCCCGAGGAGAUGAAGAACCGCCUGUACAUCGUGUUUGAGGGCGAGGAGGGGCAGGACGCCGGCGGGCUGCUGCGCGAGUGGUACACCAUCAUCUCGCGCGAGAUGUUCAACCCCAUGUACGCGCUGUUCCGCACGUCGCCCGGCGACCGCGUCACCUACACCAUCAACCCCUCGUCGCACUUCAACUCCAACCACCUGAGCUACUUCAAGUUCGUGGGGCGCAUCGUGGCCAAGGCGGUGUACGACAACCGCCUGCUCGAGUGCUACUUCACGCGCUCCUUCUACAAGCACAUCCUGGGCAAGCCCGUGCGGUACACGGACAUGGAGAGCGAGGACUACCCCUUCUACCAGGGCCUCGUCUACCUCCUGGAGCACAACGUGUCCACGCUGGGCUACGACCUACCCUUCAGCACAGAGGUGGAGGAGUUCGGUGUGUGCGAGGUGCGGGACCUCAAGCAGAACGGACGCAACACCACCGUGGCCGAGGAGAACAAGCGGGAGUACGUCCACCUCGUCUGCCAGAUGAAGAUGACCGGAGCGAUCCGCAAGCAGCUGUCUGCCUUCCUGGAGGGCUUCUACGAGAUCAUCCCCAAGCGACUCAUCUCCAUCUUCACGGAGCAGGAGCUCGAGCUGCUCAUCUCCGGGCUACCCACCAUCGACAUCGACGACCUCAAGGCGCACACCGAGUACCACAAGUACCAACCCAACUCGCUGCAGAUCCAGUGGUUCUGGCGGGCGCUGCGUUCCUUCGACCAGGCGGAGCGCGCCAAGUUCCUGCAGUUUGUGACGGGAACAUCCAAGGUGCCGCUGCAGGGCUUCGUGGCACUCGAGGGGAUGAACGGCGUGCAGAAGUUCCAGAUACACCGCGAUGACCGCUCCACCGACCGCCUGCCCUCCGCUCACACGUGCUUCAACCAGCUGGACCUCCCCGCGUACGAGACGUACGACAAACUGCGACACAUGCUGCUGCUCGCCGUGCAGGAGUGCUCUGAGGGCUUCGGCCUGGCCUAGUCACCGGCGCCCCCCCCCCCACCACUCCCCCUGCCUCUCGCCCUCCCGCUGCGACACGCUCGCUCGCAUGAGCAGGAAGAGGCGGCGAGAGAACUGCUCGCCCGGCGGCGAGAGAACGCCUCGCCCGCUCACUCGGCCGCUCACUCGGCCGUGCGUUUGUAGCCCUCGAUCUCGUCUCCCCCCCUCCCAAGUCGCGCCGAGCGGGAGGGUGGAGGUUGGGAAGUGUGCGUAUGGAACCCCACCUGACUCGAUGCGAGCAGCAGGGAAGGGAGGCUGUUGUGUUGCCGACACGAUGUGCAGGUGGAAUGAGAGGGAUCCGGUUUUUGACUCGAGACGAGGGUUGUUGGUGGUUAACCCCCUAUUGUGCAUGCGUCAUCCGUUGUGCUGCAUAUAAAUAUAUAUAUAAAAACCCACACGCGCAGGCAGAAAGCACAUAGCGCUCGCACUCGUGUCACGUUCGCUCUUCACGCAAGCAAAAAAAAAUUAAUGUCGUCCGGCAAUUUAAAAAGAAAACUCGAGAAAAAACAAAAAAAAACAUUUCACUCGCAUUUAUGUAUAAAGGUCCCCUCAAUAAACCCGCCGCCAUGUUUCCCACGUAAGUUCACAUUUGCAAAGCGACUCCAAAAGAUGAACAAUAGACAAACUAUACUAUAAAGAGUAAACACUUGUAAAUAAGCGACAGGCUUCGUUAUAGAGUGUGAGACCGAUAAGAGGUGGGGGGGGGGGGUAAGUUGUCGGGCGAGAAGUUGGAAGUUGGGCGGGGGGGGGGUGGAGGGGGGUGCAGGAGGAGGAGCCUCACGGUCCCUCGGCACAGCCGCGCGGGGAUUGUGGCCGGUUGACUCGGUCGUUGGGCGCCGGCGCAGUUUUGGCGGUGACGCGGUCGUAGUUUGGCGGCGAGGGUAAGGGAUGCGCAGCACGUGCAGAGCCACGGCCGUGCGUGAAGCGAAGAGUUGCAGGGGCAGGGCGGGGGGGGGGAUACGAGUCCGGAACGUCCUUGGUCGGCGUAAUUCUCACGUGAAAUAGAAAUUAAAUGGCGGACGGGUCAACUGGAUUAUAAUCUCAAGGCACCGGCAACCGCACUGAAACCUGUAAAAUAGAAUCCCACGGGGGAGAGAUGCCACCAGGGGAAAAAAACGGGGGGGGGGAGGGGGGGCACGUGUCGAGGAAGAAGGCAACUGUUCCGUAAUUAAGCGUUUUUUUUUCUUUUCUUUCAUUUUGGUAUUUAUUCACAAAUGUUGUUUAUGGAAACCUGAACGGGAUUGUUGCGUUGUUGUUUUUUGGAGAGAAACACGUUUAAAAAGUAAUAACAUUUGCGGUUGGAUUCCAGAAGGCUGCUGCGACGUUUGCUGCGGUACGGCCAGAUGUUUUGCUGUAGCCAAGCUCCCCCCCCCCCCCCCCACGCGAUCAGUCGUUGCCCGAGGCCUCCUCGACGGAGGUUGCGCUGACUUGUCGAGAGUUCAUGUAUCGCUAUUUUGGUUUUUUUCUUUUCUCUCUUGUUAGGUUUCACUUUUUUCCCAGAAUGCAGUUUAAAAAAAAAAUCUAGAAUUCGAGUCAUUAAAGAAUGAAGAUUGAAAAAAAAUGGAA